CAGAAACCAUGUCUCCCAGAGAACAUGUGCGCCUCCCCCUCCUCGGCGACGGGCCCCUCUUCGCACUCACCAGUGACGCUCUCGCCGCAGCAGCAGCUGCCGGCGGCGUCGUCUACAACAACGACGACGACGACGACGACGAAGGAGUGCUCGUCCUUGCGGCUGAAGACGCUGCGCAGUUCGACGAGCUCGGCGGGGCGUCGUCUCCCUGGCCCGAGGAAGAAGACAGCGACGACGACGACGACGAGCCCGACAGCAGCUCGGAAGACGAACAGCUGCUGCGCUUCCGCGGGUACGCCGCCGUCAUCCGCCGAGCCGCUCGCAUGGCUCCUCCGCAUGGCGACGAAGCGAUGCAUGUUUAUCUGAUGCUAAUUCUUCCCUUGUUGUUCGAUAAAGACGACACCGAAGAUGAGGAUGAAGAUGCCGUCGUCGAGCAAGACAGCGCAGACGACGCCGACGCCGACGACGAAGACGAGAAGGAGGAGGAAGAAGAGGAGGAGGAGGAGGAAGAAGAGGAGGAGGAGGAGGAAGAAGAGGAGGAAGAGGAAAGCUAUAUCCUCCUGUACCUCGCAGGCGAAGCCAUGGCCGCAGACAUGGAUCCUCCCGACUGGACGGACCCGGCCAGCGAGCUCUUCUUGGAGGCGUACGCCUUCCCUCCGCUUCAGAGGCAGAAUCAACGAUAG